AUGAAUUCUCUGCCUUUUCCUAUUUGGGCUCUGUGCUUUUACAAAGAUAACAUUCUUAUAAGUGGAGGAGGCGGUGGCAAAGCAUACGGCGUCAAAAACAUGCUUGCUCUAUACAAAGCUGAAAUUCCAUUAAAAACUCCAAUCAAAGAAGAAGACACAGGUACAGAUUUAGUUGGAUCUUUAGAAUGACUCAAAAAAAUAGAUAUCAUUAUAGCAGGAAUCAGAAAAGAUAUUCUCAUUAUAAGAAUUUCCCCAAAAUCCGACAUAGAAAAAGUCCAUAGAAUCCAAUGUGAAGAGGAAAAAUCAAUUUCAUAUAUAAAAGGAUCAGCAGACAAUACAAUGCUUUUGGAGGGAGCUGAUGAAGGAUCUAUAAAGCUCUGAAGAAUUAACGGUGGAGAUAAAAGUCUAUCGAGGAUUACUGAGAUGAAACAUAAUAGUAGUCUGACAGGGAUAGAUAUUAUGCCAAACAAUUUAAUGGUUUGCGCUACGUUUAAAGACAAAACUUGUAGAAUUUAUGAAAUUCCGAGUGGAUUACAUAUGAAAACUCUUUAUUUUUCAAGAAAAUGCGACCCACAAGGGCUUAUGUUUAAAGGCUGCUGCUUUUCUGAAAAAAAUGAUUAUUUGUAUACAAUACAAACAGGAUUGAAAGCUGGGAGCUAUUUUACAAAAUGAGACGUAAAUAAGGGUUUUCAUCCAAUAAACACAAAACAAAUUCAUAGUGGUCAAUCUUGUGUAUUAAAAGGAAGCAAAUCAGGAAAAUAUGCAGCAAUAGGAACAAGUGAUGGGUCUCUAAAAGUGAUAGACACUCAAAAUUUAUCAUUAAUAUAUAGCCAUCUUGAGUUCUCUCUGCCAGUGACAGCUCUUGAUUUUAGCAUGUCUGAAAAAUCAAUUUUUGCUGGAUCUGCUGAUUAUGCAUACAAGAGGAUCACCGUAAAAGAGUCUAGCAAAGUAUGCUAUUUCGUUAUAGCACUUAUUAUAGCAAUCAUAAUUCCUUAUUUAUUUUAUUAG